AUGGACAAGAUGGUGUGGCGCAGUGGGCGGACGAGCUUCAGCUUCGCGGGUGCUGUGAAUUGGUUUCCGGGGCACAUGGCCAAGGCCACACGCCUCAUGCGAGAACGGCUGAACAGCGGAGGCGUGGACGUGGUGCUCGAGGUGCGGGAUGCACGCAUCCCGUUUUCCGCUGCCAACAGCACCCUCGAGGGCGUGCUCGCCCAGCGCCACAUCCCGCGCAUCCUCAUUUUGCACAAGGCCGACCUCACCAACCACAACCUCCUGCCGGCACCGGGAGCGGGAAAGGCCGGGAAGGCCAUACAGUCGCUCAUCCCGACUGCGCUGGAGCACUACAAACAGCACCGGCAGCGUCUGUUAGGAGAGGGCGCUGAUGACCCGAGCACGUCUUGCCCGGGCUAUCCAGACAAGCCACUGACACUUAUGAUUAUGGGUUUGCCGAACGUGGGUAAGUCGACAAUCAUCAAUAGCCUGCGCCAGCACUGCCUGUCCGACUCAGAUAAGAAAAAGAGAGGAUCACAGUUUGCCAAGACAGGGCCACUCCCCGGAGUGACGCGGGAUCUGACUGGCUUCAAGGUGAGCAGUAAGCCCCUGGCCUAUCUGGUCGAUACGCCGGGUGUGAUGAUCCCGAACGUGGAGAACGCCGACGUGGGUCUCCGACUCGCACUCACUGGUGCGGUAAAGGAGUCGAUCGUCGGCAAGCAGGCCAUCGCGGACUACCUGCUCUACUCCCUCAACCGACUAAACGCCUGGGAAGGCUACGUGAAGGCGUGGGGUCUGGACGGACCUACCGACGACAUCGAGCACCUCCUCCGCAGGAUCGCCCAAAAGACAGGCGCGAAGCAAGUGGAGGGCACCGACGACCUUGAGGUGGCGGCGCACCACUUUCUCAAGCGAUUCCACGCCGGCGGGUUUGGCAGUCUCACGUUGGACGAUGUGCCCUGA